CACCCAAAUCCUCUCACCAGUCCAAACCUAAACAGCCCCACAUAUCACCAUGUCAGGCUCCUGCUGUGGUUCCAUCUGCUCCUCCCAGGGCUGUGGCACAGAAUGCUGCCAGCCCUCCUGCUGCCAGCCCUGCUGCUGCCGCGACCCCUGCUGCUGUCGCCCCGUGAGCUGCCAGACCACCGUGUGCCGCCCCGUGACCUGCACCUGCCGCUGCACGCGCCCCAUCUGUGAGCCCUGUCGCCGCCCUGUGUGCUGUGACCCCUGCUCCCUGCAGGAGGGCUGCUGCCGCCCCAUCAGCUGCUGCCCCACGUCCUGCACUGCAGUGGUCUGCCGCCCCUGCUGCUGGGCCUCCACCUGCUGCCAGCCCAUCUCUGUGCAGGCGCCCUGCUGCCGCCCCUCCUGCUGCCAGCCUGCCCCCUGCCGCACCACCUGUAGGACCUCCCCCUGCUGCUGAGAAGUAUAUCAUCAUUGAGGGUCGCUAGUAGAUGGUGAAGUCCAUCCAUCCUGCCCUUCAGGACAGAAAAGCAUGACUUUUCCUGAGAAGCCCAUUUCCCGUUUCUUCAAACUAACUCAGAGUACGCAUUGGGGCCCCCUUUUCAGACCGACUACUGAUGGGAGAGUACUCUGUCCUCUCAGGACCCCUGUCUAACUCCUCAAUCAUGUCUUCUGUUUUCUAAUAAACUUAGUAUUUCCAGCAUAGAAA